CGCUUUAUUGUGACGCGGCGGGAUUCCGCGAAAUUGUUUCUUGGAGUUGAGCGAGCGAGGGAGCGAGAGACAGAGAGAAAGAGAGAGAGAGAAAGAAAAACUGCCGCUGCGUUUGCAGGAAAAACAGAGCCAAGUUGACGCAUGUGAGCGCGUGAGUGUGUGAGUGAAGCAGCAGCAGCCGCCGAUUAAAAGAAAAAUCACCACAAGUUCAACGAGACUUUUAUUGAAUCACACGAAGGAAAAUAAGAGAAAAGAGAAGAAGAAGAAGAAGAAACUGCGAUCUUUUCCUGACGGAGGCGGUUUAUCUAUCCGCCCUUGUUCAACCUCACCGAGAAAAACGCAGUCUUUUGCGGAACAGUCACGUGCGGACGGUUAACCACAUGUUUCCCGAGAGAACUACGCUUUGAUCUGUUACUUUUUCAUUUAUUUUUAUAUAUUUUUUAAAUUGUUAUUGUUGGAAUUGUUUCUCUGGUGACCGGUGAGUGAUGUCGGAGGCGGAUGUGUCGCUCCCCGCAGACCGUGUCCCGGCUCGACCUCCGCUGCUGGGCCACGCAGCAGCAGCAGCUGUGGAGGACGCGCCGCUCAAAGAAAACCAGGAGAACCGGACUCUGCUCAUGGUGGCUAUGAUUUUACUGGACUUGAACAAAUGCAGCCCCGGUGCCGGGAGAUGUGACACCGGCGGGCCGCUGGAGAAGAAGACGGAGCAGCAGCAACCGCAGCGCCGGCUCAACGGCCCGGUUUCUGCCAAACAGUCCCGGAACAAGGCAGCGGCGGCGGCGGCGGUGACCGCGGUGAGGAGGCAGGAGUCCCCGGAGAAGAGACACUGCUGCCCGUUCAGCGGCUGCGGGAAGAUGUACGGCAAAUCCUCGCACCUGAAAGCUCACCUCCGGGUCCACACCGGUGAGCGUCCCUUCGAGUGCACCUGGCAAGACUGCGGCAAGAAGUUCUCGCGCUCCGACGAGCUGACGCGCCACUACCGCACGCACACGGGCGAGAAGCGCUUCAACUGUCCGAUGUGCGACAAGUGCUUCAUGCGGAGCGACCACCUGACCAAACACGCCCGGCGACACGCCGGCUUCCAUCCCAGCAUGCUUCUGGGCGCCAGUGCAGCCAAGAGACGCCGCUGCUCCGUGUCCAUGUCCUCUGACUCUGGGGACCAAAGUCCUGCAGGAGUGUGAGACACACACACACACACACACUGUACAUACAUUAGGUACAUGUAGAAGAUACAGAGACAAACACGGACACGCCCACAUGUGUGGCGUGCGUUUGCGUGUGUAAUCCCUUCAUCCGGCCAGACCACUAUUCAUAGUCGAGUCAAGUCUUUCUGUCACGCGUGUGAUGACUGUGAUGAGAUUAUGAACCUAACUUGAGCUUCCUCAAUCCACGUUUCAUUCAUUCUUUACAUAUUCAACUGACAAUAUGCUGGAUUUUUUUCUGGUAAUCUGAAAACGACAGAGACAGUAGAGAGCCAAGAGUGUUUGGUGGAAGCCAUUUUGAACUCCUCAGGGUUAACUACUGAAACAACUGCUAAAAAAACUGUGUUUUUUAAUCAAUAUCGGAAACUUUAAUCCCUAAUGUUACCAAGUUACUCCUUAGCAGCAAUUGAAGUCGUAAGUAAAAGGAGCUGGCUUAUAUUUUAGUGACGCUCGUUCAUAGUCAGGUAAGAAUCUAAAAUCGGGAAAAUGCUACAGUUUUAAUCUCACUCAAAAAAGAUUUGAACCCGUUGAGAUUUUAUUUUCUCAAUUGUUUAUGAAAAGAAAGAACGACACAUGGAUUUUAUUUUCCUUGAAGUGACUGGUAUUUAUUAAGGAUUUUCAGGGUGAAUCACACAAGUGUCGUCAUUCUGUCAUUUGUAAUUAUUUGAUGUCUCGUGUUUUU